ACGUCACCCGAGCUGAGUCAGUUCUGAGGACAAGUCUGUGUGAGAAGCUUUGAAGACAGAUUGCGGCUCAUUGACAUAAGGACAUAAGGACAAGACUGAAGACGGACUGACAAAAUGAACGCGCUACUUGCAUUGACCGCAGUUGCGGUGUUAGGGUGUUUUCUCCAAGGAGCUAACUCUCAGUCCGGCGAACCAGAGUCGGCGCCAGAGGUAGAGCCGAUGAUGGAAGUUGUCCCCGCACUUUCAUUGGAUGAACAAGUACAAGAUCUGAAAAGAAACCUCACUGCCCUAUGGAAAGUCGUCCGAUUAUUACAGGCACAGGUCAUUAUCCGGAGUCAUGACACCAACGCUCACGCCAUCACCAACCCAGACCAUUUGGAUGCGGAGAAGACCAACCCUGGCGGCGCUGGCAGGAGUGUCCACGUCCACAUGCACGAAGGCCACAUGCAUCUCCAUGAAAUCAUCGACGGAAAUCCCGCCAAUGCUGAUACUUAUGAUGACGAUGUGGCACACAGCCAUACCAAGCAUGCCCACCGUCACGGAGACCACUAUCAUUUCCACGAGGACAUAACUGGCAAUCAUCACCCCCAGUUAACCGGUUCUGGAUCCAUUGACAACGUAAAUGAGGACAUUGUUGGUAUUGUGGAUGAAGCUACCAACUAAAUGUGACGGAAAUUUCACAUUACAAUGCACACUUCCAUGCUGUAUUCAACCAACUGAAAGCUUCUGUGUGGAGGACGGACAUCUGACUGACGUGUCUUUCUAAAGGAACGAAACCAUGGCAGCAGACCAGAAGACAUGUCUUGCGAUAUUAUACUACGGUUAUUAUACUGACUAACUCCUUUUCAGACCCUCGCAAGUCAUUCUCCUUUUCAGUGCAUGGAACCCGUAUAGUACGGUUGUGCGAUGAUAUAUAGUCAGGAUAGCACACCCUAGGACUGUCACUAAAUAAAUUAGAAACACUUCAAGCGGACGGUAUGGAUCUGUUUGUGUCGUUAUUUCCUUUGCCUUGUAGAUGUAUGGUCUUUAGCACUAUAGAUCCGUGGUUUGAUCUAAGUUUACCCCGUAUAAACAUUGUGUUCUUGAUACUCAUCGUCCUGUUUACCAAUUACCAAUUGAAUAGCCAUAAACAAAUGUGUUUAUAAAA